UGUGGGAGCGGGAGCGGGAGCGGGAGCGGGAGCAAGAGCAGCAGCGUCCGCCUCUUCCUGAGCCAGCGACGCGCGCCGGGGAGGCAGCAGCGGCGGCGAUUCUCGGCGUGCGCGCUGCGCGGAGUCCUGGGCAGUCGCCUGGAGCGCCAUGGCCGCGGAGGUGCUGGCGAGCGCGGCGCUGCUGUUGGGGCUUUACGUCCUUUUCUACUACAACUUCCUCAAAGGCGCCAAGUGCAAGAACGAGACCAGCCUCCGGGGCAAGACGGUGCUCCUCACGGGUGGAAACAGUGGGAUUGGGAAGACAACAGGGCUAGAACUGGCCCGGAGAGGAGCCCGCGUCAUCUUGGCUUGCCGCAACAAAGUGGCGGGAGAAACGGCUGUCUAUGACAUCAGGAGGGAAACUGGGAACAAUGAAGUUCUCUUCAUGAGCUUGGACUUGGCCAGCUUGAAUUCGGUGCGAGCUUUUGCAGAUGCUUUCCUGAGAUCUGAGCCCCGCCUCGACAUUCUCAUCAACAACGCAGGUGUUCUGUAUGGAGGCAUAAGCAAGGAUGGUUUCAAUUUGGCAUUUCAGGUUAAUCACUUGGGCCAUUUCCUUCUCACUCACCUCCUCUUGGAUCGGCUGAAGCGCUGCGCACCUAGCCGUGUUGUGGUGGUCGCUUCCAAUGCCCAUCGAUCGGGGAAGAUUGACUUCCAGAACAUCUACAAACCAGUGGAGGAGCAUUUGCCAUCAUUCCAGUCCUACUGCAACAGCAAGCUGGCUAACAUCCUGUAUGCCCGAGAGUUGGCCAACAGAUUGGAAGGGACCAAUGUUACCUGUUAUGUGCUUCAUCCAGGAGUUGUUAAUUCUGGCCUGUUUCGCAACUUACCCAUCUGGCUGAAGCCUCUUCUAUGGCUUACUGCCUGGCUCUUCUUCAUAGACGUUACAGAUGGAGCUCAGACCUCUGUGUAUUGUGCCACUCAGGAAGGCAUCGAGAUGUUCAGUGGGCGCUAUUUUGCUGACUGCCGGGUACGGGAGCCCAAGUCGCAUGCUCGCGAUGAUGCUGUUGCCAGAAAGCUUUGGGAAGUCAGUGAGAAGUUGCUUGGACUAGAUGCUUAGGCUGUUCUGCCUUUGGAUGGGGGCGUGCAUCAACUCGGAACAGUAGUGUGGUGAUUUUUUUAUAUCUGCAGAAUUGAAAGAAGAGUUUGUGUGGAAUACUGUUAUCAAUACUGUUAUCAAGCACACAGUACUAACAAAAUGAUUCUUAUAUUUAUAAGCACAAUAUUUGGCCACCUUGGAAUGAUGUCUGAGAAACACACAGGGCUGGUUUAGAGGUGAUUUCUGUGUGGGGUUUCCGCUAGAGGCAUUAAGAUCGCUCUUUGCAUGACUUCUGAGGUCUUCUGGGUUCUGCAAGCCAUUUCCUCCCUUCUUGCUCCGAUUUAUCUGCUCUGAGCCUGGGAUUUUUGUGAAACAUUUUGUAAUAAAAUGUGGAGAGUUCUGGUCUCUUUCCUCAAA